AUGGAGUCCUCAAUCUCGAUAUAUGUACUUCCCGUCCUUUUCAUCGCGCUCCUUGUCCGCUUUCUUGUUCAAUUUAUCCGAUCCCCGCUUCGAACUGUGCCAGGUCCGUUCCUGGCACGAUUCACCGAUGGCUGGUAUUUCUGGAACGUCCGGAAAGGGUCUUUCCAGGACGUAAAUGUGGAAUUACACAAGAAAUACGGAACAAUUGUUCGAUACGGCCCAAACCGCUACAGCUUCAACGACCCAGAAGCCGCCAAGAUCAUCUACGGCCUCGGCAACCACUUCCCCAAGUCGUCAUGGUAUUCAUCAUGGGCUAGCCCUGGGCAAUGGGCCAUCUUCAGUGAUCAGUUAAUCAAGCGCCAUGCCCAGAACCGAAGACUCUAUCAAGCGACCUAUGCAAUGUCGUCUCUGGUUCACUACGAGCCCUUUGUAGACGAGUGCUCCGACCUCUUCACGCAGCGACUCGCUGAGAUGUCAAGGUCCAACAUGCUUGUGGACAUGAGACAUUGGUUCCAGUGCUACGCAUUUGAUGUCAUCGGAUUGAUCACUUACGCCAAAAGACUUGGCUUUCUGGAUCGUGGUGACGAUAUUCGAGGUGUCAUCAGCGCGUUGGAAGAGCACUUGGGCUACGCUACGCUCGUUGGCAUCUUCCCAAGCUUGCACCGAUAUCUAUUCCCUCUCAAAAAUUACCUUGCCGGUGCGAAAGGCGCCGGGAGAGCUUACGUGCUGAGCUUCACCAACGAGAGAAUCCGUGAAGCGCAGGUCACUCCCAAGCCUGUGGCUGAAGAGAGCGCAGUCGCCAUGGAAGACUUUCUCACCAAGUUUCUGGCAAAGCAUGCAGCCGACCCGGAUGUCUUUACAUCUUUUCAUGUACUGGCUGGGUGUACAUCAAAUAUGGUUGCAGGCUCUGAUACCACGGCCAUCAGCCUUUCAGCAGUCCUCUAUUACCUACUUAAGCACCCUGCCUGUCUGCAGAAGCUGAGGGACGAGAUUGAUGACCUAACCGCCAAGGGAGGCCUGUCCAAGUCGCCUACAUUCAAAGAGUCUCAGCAAUUGUCAUAUCUUCAAGCGGUCAUCAAGGAGGCGUUGCGGAUGCAUCCCGCCACGGGACUCCCACUUGAGCGCGUGGUUCCUGAAGGAGGAGCAACAAUUUCCGGACGAUUCUUCCCGGAAGGCACGACGGUUGGCAUCAACACCUGGGUAGCACAUCGCGAUCAUCGAGUCUUUGGUGAUGAUGCCGAGACAUUCAACCCCGAUCGAUGGCUAGUGGACGAUGCUGCAAGGCUCUCUAUGAUGAACCGUUAUUACAUGCCUUUCGGACUGGGCUCUCGAACAUGCAUUGGACGACAUGUUUCGAUGCUUGAAAUGUCCAAGCUCAUCCCCCGAAUUGUUCGAGACUUUGACUUUGGGCUUGAUCCAUCACUGCAGCGAGAGAAGUGGCACACGCAAAACUACUGGUUCGUGAAGCCGCUGGACUUUAAGGUUCGGGUUGAGAUGCGCCAAGCGGAGAAGAGCGAUAUGUUUUAG